AUGGCAGCCAAGGAUAAACCAUAUUCUCCAUCAGACUUGUAUCGUAAGUUGAGAUUGGUUUGGGGUGAUAUUGGCCAUCGGAGAAUUAUUCCUAUGGGCAAGGGAUACUUCUCUUUCAGCUUUACAUCUGAUGUGGCUUUUUCUAGGGUUUGGGAGAAGGGUGCAAUUGCCCUUAAGCCUGGGAUACUGAGGUUUAUGAGGUGGGCACCUAAUUUUUCUCCUGCAAAUCAAAAGAACACCAAUGCUCAGGUUUGGGUGAAUUUUUGGGAUUUAGGUCUUGAAUUUUGGGAGCCUCUAACGCUGUUUGAGAUUGCAAAUGGAAUUGGGGUGCCUGUGAAAAUUGAUCAGAAUACCUUGGAUAGAAAACUUGGUCUCUUUGCUAGGGUCUUGGUUGAUAUUGAUUUAUCUUCUGAUCCUCCACAUGAAUUGGCUGUUCAUCCCAACAACGGAGAUAUUGUUGUGAUUGAAGUUGGAUACGAGCGUCUCCCUGAUCUUUGCUCGCAUUGUGGCAAUGUUGGUCACAACGUUCUUAAUACUGAGCAAGUGGAUAAGGGAAGGAAGAUGGUUGUUGCUCCUAUGCCAAGUGUGAAUGUAGAUGCUAGAGAGGGUCCUUCAUUGGCACGAGCAUCUCCUCCUCUUGCUACAGCAGUAGUUGUUGAUUCGGAAUUGAAUAGGAAGGUUACUGCUCCAACUACUAGUCCAUCUGUUGUUAAGCAAGCCAUUGUUCCAAUAGUAUAG